GUUCACUGGGAGUUGUGACUGUACUCAGUAUCAUGGCGCCUGUGCAGGUGAUGUUGUGCUGCUCCCGGUUGCUGACAGGCAGCUUGCGGACUGGCAGAUACGUUUUAUCUUCUCUGGGGGCGAUUAGAACCAUUGAGCAACGGAAGCAAUGGUAUUCAGUCAGUAGCUUGACCGUGCAAGAGCGAAUCAAGGAGAGAUCUCAAAGGGCGAUGUUGGGAGGAGGUCAGCACAGGAUAGAUGCCCAACACAAGAGGGGAAAGCUCACUGCCAGAGAACGUGUUCAGCUACUUCUGGAUCCUGAAUCCUUUAUAGAAUAUGACAAGUUUGUGGAACAUAGGUGUUCGGAUUUUGGCAUGGGCACAAAGGAUGAUAAGUUUCCUGGUGACAGUGUGGUGACUGGUCAGGGCCGAAUUAAUGGACGACUCGUUUAUGUCUUCAGCCAGGACUUUACAGUGUUUGGAGGAAGUUUAUCAGGCGCUCAUGCACAGAAGAUCUGUAAGAUUAUGGAUCAAGCUCUGUUGGUAGGAGCUCCUGUUAUAGGUCUAAAUGACUCUGGAGGAGCACGUAUUCAGGAAGGUGUGGAGUCCUUGGCGGGUUAUGCUGACAUUUUUCUGAGAAACGUACUGUCCUCUGGUGUUGUGCCUCAAAUAUCUCUUAUUAUGGGUCCUUGUGCUGGUGGCGCUGUCUACUCACCUGCAUUGACCGAUUUCACAUUUAUGGUGAAGGAUACAUCUUACUUGUUCAUAACUGGUCCUGAUGUUGUGAAAUCUGUUACAAAUGAAGAUGUGACUCAGGAAGAUCUGGGUGGUGCUAAAACACACACUGCAAUUUCAGGUGUUGCACACAAGGCCUUUGAAAAUGACAUUGAUGCCUUAUUGAACUUGAGAGAAUUUUUUAAUUUUAUACCUCUGAAUAAUAGAGAUCCUGCUCCUAUUAGAGAAUGCCAGGAUCCAUGUGACCGGCUGGUACCCAGUCUGGAUACAGUGGUUCCAAUGGAAUCCACAAAAGCAUAUGAUAUGUUGGAAAUCGUCAGUGCGAUUGCAGAUGAAAGGGAAUUUUUUGAGCUCAUGCCUAAUUAUGCGAAGAACAUUAUUAUUGGUUUUGCCAGGAUGAAUGGAUGCACAGUGGGAAUUGUGGGUAAUCAACCUAAAGUGGCUUCAGGUUGUCUAGACAUCAAUGCUUCAGUAAAAGGAGCCCGUUUUGUCAGAUUCUGUGAUGCAUUUAAUAUCCCCAUCAUUACAUUUGUGGAUGUGCCUGGAUUUUUGCCAGGAACUAGCCAGGAAUAUGGCGGAAUCAUCAGACAUGGUGCAAAGUUGCUCUAUGCAUUUGCUGAGGCCACAGUCCCCAAAAUUACAGUGAUCACACGAAAGGCCUACGGUGGUGCAUAUGAUGUGAUGAGCUCCAAGCACUUAAGAGGUGAUUUGAACUAUGCUUGGCCAACAGCAGAAGUUGCAGUUAUGGGUGCUAAGGGUGCUGUGCAGAUCAUCUUUAAAGGAAAAGGGAAUGAAGUAGAGGCAGAGGCAGAAUAUGUGGAAACAUUUGCAAACCCAUUCCCAGCAGCUGUGAGAGGUUUUGUCGAUGACAUAAUUGAACCAGCAACCACUCGAUUGCGUAUUUGUCGAGACUUGGAGAUGCUGGCAAAUAAGAAACAGACUAACCCUUGGAAAAAACAUGGCAAUAUCCCCCUGUGAAAAAAAACUUAGAUGUCAAGCAGAUGAACAGAAUGUCCCCCUCCAAAACCAUUGAUUUUUUUUCUGUUAACAAAUAAUGCUGGAAUCCCUCAUCAUUUAGCAAGAAAUAGGAAAAGGUAUUUAGGAAUAAAUUUGAAAUCAACAACAAAAUGCUGGUUUGGUUCAAAUCUUUGAAAACAGCAGCUGAGAACAUCCUGCAAACCCACCAUAUCAGCUGUCAGAAUCUGACUUUUCUUCAAUAAGCCUGUUAAACAGUUCAGAAUGGCCCUGAUCAUCUUUUCAAAUCAUAUGGCACGUUAGUAGUAACAUAUAAUUGAACAUAUUGAAGGUUCACCUUGAUUGCUAGUACACCAGGAAAACAGAUUCAGUUCUCUAUAAUGCUGCAAAAAAAAAACAAGUAUUAAAUCAACACAGAUAGCAGCCAUGACAAUUUUACAGAACAUGUUUAAUUAUUUAAUUAUUUUCACCCAAUUCCCUUGUAACAUCUGGUGCUACGUUUUCAGGUUUCAUUUUAUACUUUUUGUACCAAAGGGUAUCUUUAUCUCCAUGGUAGCAUAUUAACUUCUCCCCAAGAGAUUUGUGGAUUGUAGUUUCAAGACCCAUUUCAAAACCUUGAACACGCUCCUGCCAGAUACUGUAUUCAGUCCACUGGUUUGGCUCUAGCACCAUUUUAUCGUUUUUUUUUCGUAAUUAAUUGAGGCAGAGAUAAUCAGAUUAUUGUCAUUCCUUCAUUUGUUAUUCACUGUCUGACACUCCAAUCAGCUGCAUAUACAGCCUGUUGUGACUCCACUCUCACCAUUUGUAUAUUUGUUUGAUCUCUCAUUUAUAAAGUCUGUGUCUGGGUGCGCUCUUCAUUUCACUUGAAGGGGCAGUGCCUUGAAAGCUUGAGAUUUCAAAUAAACCUGUUGGACUAUAA